UUUCAGGAAGAUAUUUAGCGGAAGAAAACAAAAUUAGAUGUUUUUCCAUCGGGCUCGAAAUUUUAAGAAUGUUGACCCUGCGGGAAAAUACGAAUGUCAACAAAUCGCCUGUUACCCCAUCCAUGAAAUUAGCAAGCAUGAAAAAAAAAAAUGACAUUACUACUUGAAUGACUGGGAUUUCUCAUUGAAAAAAAUGGAUGUUGCGAGCAAGUUAACUUGUGCUGAAGGGUUGGCUGAGAUUAUAGAGUUGUUGCUCGUCAUCCAUCAAGAAACAAAAGACAUAUCCAUCAAAGUACAGAUUAGGUCAUCAAAUGGACGUCUAGAUGAAAACUUGAUUUUUCUUGUCAAAAUUAUCUGCAGCAAACAUUUCUGCAUAGAGACUCUCUACUCAACUUACGGAAAAUAUCUACAAAAAUUUUCUAGUCUGGUCUCAAAAAUGCAGUUAAUGGAAGAUGAGAGUCAUUUAAGUGUGAGUUACAGUGAGGGUGAUAAACUGGUCAGAAAAAGUUACUGCUUGAUGUCUGAAAAUGGCUGCUGUAAUCUGAAAUGUACCAAGCAGAGGACAAAACUGGAUACAACAAAGGCAGACACAGUGCUGCAUAUAAGGAUGUUUCAAAAUAAGAAUGCAAUGAUGUUACAAGGGAAGAGACUGUUCUACCACAUGAAACAGAUCAGUUUGUGUUCUAGGGCAUCCCUUGGGUUAUCUCUCACAGUACAAGAAAAUGACUGCAACUUUGACACCAGAUCAGGUAUGAUCGAAGAACUUCCAGAGACUGGAUUUACAAUAUCGACAAACACAGAGUACAUUCUAAAGGAUACACAAUACACCCCAUCAUCCUUAGCCAUCAAGAUUGUGAGUGGUAGCAUGAAAGAGCUUCCCAUCAUCCCUGAUGUAUCAGAUAGGACUUUCCAACUAUAUACUGCUGGAUUUAAAACAGUUUGUUGCAAUGCAUCAAACACACCCUCACUUGUGAUGCUCUCUUGGUAUGGUCCUGGAAAUAUACCACUUUAUGAUGUUGAAGACACAGUUACAGAUAUCAAAAUGUUUGAUUUUGUGAACUGGACAAAAUAUGGAAUGGAACCUGUAGCAGAAAAUUCAGUACAAUUCAAAGGACACAAACCGUGCCAUGAAUUCUUAUAUGUAAGAUCCAUCAGAGGAAACUCUUGUUUUGUUAUAUCACUAUAUGCUUUUCUGGAUAUCAAAGAUCUCGGUGAUUGUAAAAGGAAAACUGAUACUGUGCAUUGGUUGAGAAGGAACAGAGGGAAAUGGAUGGAUAAUUUUAAAGAAAACAUAGCUGCAAAUUUGGAAUUCAUUGUUGAUAAAACUGUAAACCCCACUAGAACUGCAGAAGAAGAAAUGACAUCCCUGCAGUACAGCCAAGCAAUUGCAAACAUUUCAAAAUCCAUAUCGAAUGUAGUGUUGAGAUCAUCCUGUGAACAGUUUCGCAGGAAGUGUAACCAACUAUUAGAGAUUCAAGAUGAUGGUUUUGUAAAGCAGGCACUGAGUAAAAGACUUUGGAAUAUCACUAAAUCUUUUGGAAUUUUUAGACCAACAGAUAUGGAAUCAGAGGAAUCUAUUGCUGAAACAAAUCUCAUAUUGGACGAUACAAGCCUAUUAGAAUAUAGGAGCUCUAAAACUAACAAUGAAAGAGAUGAAGGCCUGCUAGUUCAUGAGGAUGAUUUAAAUGGAUUGAACUGGCUCCCAGACCAAGCAGAAAAUGAUGGGAAUAUCCAGCAUCCCAAAACAGCUUAUUCCAAGAACACACAUGUGUUAGAAUCCUUGGAAAAUACUUUGGAUGGAAAAGUCAGCUAUGCAUAUGAUAAAGCCCAGGCAGACUUGGAAAACUACCCUUGGACUAACAAUGUUCAUACAUUAAAGGAAGAUUUAGAUAUGAAUUUGCACAUUGCUCAGAGCAUGAAAGAAAAUGAAUCCAGUAAUGAUUUUCAUAAAGUGAUAGGAAGUGCCAAAGACAUUUGGAAUUGUGUUGAGGAGGGAAAUGAAAUGGGAAAAUAUUCUCAAAUUGAAGAGCAAAGCAAGUUAGAACUAAGUAAAGAUAUCAAGAGCAUGAAUCUGUCUGAUGAACAACAGCAAGCUGAAUACAAAACAAAUGCUGCUACAGAUGAAUGGUCUCCUUCAAUUACAGACAGCCAACAGGAUCCAGGGUUUUGUAAAUUCGGUCCUGUAGAGAAAUUGCCUUCACCUUCUGUGACCUUGAAAGUUUCAAAGGAUACCAAAAUGAGGAGCUCAGAUGACUGGCUGGAUGAUGCAUUACUGGAACUGAAGGACUGGUUUAGUGAUGAAUAACUCAACACAGAUCAAAUUGUCAUCAAAAACAGAUCUUCACUAAUUAAACACACAAACACUUGUAUAUGUAACAAGAUACAUAGUGGGCACAUUGACUGAUAAGUUGACAUGUAGUUAAAUAAUUUUA